CUGGCUCAUCAUAGUUAACGUUAGGUUGAAUAAGAAACAUCAGAAGCCUUGAUAGUGGAGCGACAGAGCUACAGGUUUUAGGAUUUUUAUGGUCCAUCUUUAAAACUUUAGCAGAUGAGCCUUGAACCACACUGUUGACUGGUGCUGACUAGACCACCAGACAUUUUUGACUGAACACUCAAACAACAGAGAAUUUUUUUUAAAUUUAAAGCCAGAUCAUCAUCCAGGUGAGCAUGAUGAACCAAUCAGCGCUCGUCUUAAGAAUGGCAUCACUGCUGCUGCUGCUGGUGUAUGGCACAGAAGCAGCAAUGCAAAUCAUUACAAGUGAAGACGAUGUUUUGGUGGGAACACCGAUCUUUCUUCUGUGUAAAGCUGGUGGAGAGGGAGACAUAACAUGGCAGAAGGAUGGGGAAGAUAUCAAUGAAGAAAUGGUUUCAAAGGUGGAUGAGACUGCCUCUAAACUAUUCAUAAAGAAGGCCACCUUGAAGGAUUCAGGCAAAUACACCUGUCAUUGUGACUUCGACAAUGGACACACAGAUAAUACUCAUAAAAUACUCUACAUUUAUGAGGGUCCGUCUUUUGGAGGCACCACCACCUAUCAUGAGUUUCUGGAGGGAACAGAGGGCAAGGUGCCGUGCCUGGUGACGGGAAAGCCAGCGGUAGAUGUUCAUUGGCUCAGAGACGGACGAGAGAUCUCGGCCAAUGCUGGAGGCCAAGUACGUCAGCUGCCUGAUAACACUCUCCUUAUUAAAAAUGUGACAAGAGGCGAUGCUGGGACGUACACUUGCAAGGCCCAGAUCAAAGGAAGAACAGUCUCUAAGGAACUCACCAUCUCUGUCGUUGUCAACAUUCAUCCCACUGUGUUUCUGAGAGAAGAGGUGAAAAAAGUGAUGGCUGGACCAGAAACCAAUGUUACCUUAAGGUGUUCGGUUAGCGGCCAUCCUCGUCCCAACGUCACCUGGACCAUGCCAACAAUUUUUGACUCCUCACAUCAUCAUUUUGAGUCAGAGAACACUAUUCUGACCAUCACGUCUGUUACGCGGGCGGACUACGGAGAGUACGUCUGUACAGCCAAAAACAAGAUCUCUGAGAACAGUGCCACCACCAUUCUUCAUGUUUAUGAGGCCCCAGAGGUGUCUGUGUCUGCAGAGUGGCAGAGCGUGUCCAUGGGAGAGCGUGUCUCUGUGUCCUGUAACGUCUCUGGACAUCCUCAGCCUGAGCUGCACUGGCUCAACAAGCACAAUGGGCAGACACUGGACUCUUCCUCUGGUCGCGUCCAAGUUGUUGAUGGUGUGUUGACGAUUAAUGACGUGGUGCCCUCUGAUGGUGGGCUUUAUUCCUGCAUGGCUGUCAGCACAUCUGGAAAUGCUUCAAGAGACAUUGCAAUUACCACUCAGCCCGGUCCCCCUCUCUACCUGUCAGUCGCUCCUGGACCGACCUCAGUCUUCUUCUUCCUCAAAACCCCACCCAUCAGUGGGGGAGCACCCAUCACUAAUUACGUCCUGCAGUGGAGGCAAAGUGCAGCAGAGCAGUGGAAGGAGAUCGUCACAGCCCCUACUUUAGAUCCGUUAGCUAUCACCUCCCUAAAGCCGUACACGUUAUAUACCGUGCGUCUAGCUGCUAUGAACGCAGUGGGACUGGGACAGUUCUCAGACUCAAACACUGUCCGCACACAUGGGAUACAGGGUGAACCAGAUUGUCCAGUUGUUUCCACUGGCGCGAUGAAAAUACUCAGCAACUCAUUCUCCAUCCCUCUCAAACAGACAGACGAUGGAGGGACUCCUCUGCAGCACUUUAACAUACGAUACAAGCAGAAUAAAGAGGGGUCAGAGUGGAAAGAGAUGCAGCUGUCGUCCAGCGCUGACUCUAUCUCCCUUCAAGGCCUGUCUUUCAGCUCUGACUAUCAGAUGGAAGUCACAGCAGUCAAUGCCAAUGGUUCCUCUAUCCCUGCCACUUUCAACUUCACCAUCGGACCACAGCCUGCAAACAGCCGCAGCAUGACCAAAGGCAGUGUGGUCGCCAUUGUCAUGGUUAUUUUCCUGGUGUUGUUCCUGGUGGUAGACGCCUCCUGCUGCUACAUAAACCGCUGUGGUCUGCUCAUGUCCAUCGCUGUGAAACUGUUUGGACAGAAAGUGCCAGGCCUACGAAUGCUGGAGGACGGAGAGGGGAACACUAAUGGAGAGGUGAAGCUGAAGGGUAUUUCCACACCCACUGGCAGUCUGCAGCGAACAGGGGUACAGACUAUCACCAAGGAUGGAGGGGCGCUCACUGAGGUCACCUGUGACAAAGCUCCCCUCACCAAACACGAAAAAAUACAGCCCCGUAAAGACCUACCCCAUGCCGACAAUUGAAGUCAGGAAAACAAAAACCAUCACACAGCCUACAGCUGACCCCAAGAUGUUGGUGACAUUUGGAAACAUCCAAUAUGGGAAAGGUGACACAUCCCUUACUGGUGAUGUUAUUAAUUUUGGUGUUUUUCAAGGAGAUUGAGACAAAUAUUGUUCUGCUUUCAUGGUCUCAUGAUAAUAUGUCCUUGAACUGAAGCUAAGGAUCGUAAAUGAUGCCAUUUUGCAGUCCUGUUGUGUUCCUCCGUCCACUGUCAUUUACAUUAGUACAAAGACAAAUUUCUCACAUCGUACAGGGUAGUUUUGACAUCAGUGUUAAACAGGGUAAAUUCAUUGUCUGAAGUGAAUUGUUAAAUUGCUUUAUGUUAAAAACAACUGUUUACCUUUUGCUGCGUUUUGAAUGUUGUACACGGACACAUUUUGAUAUUUGAUUUGUACUCUUUUUGGGUGUUAAAUAUAAAAAAUUUUUGGGCUUUUUUCCAAAUUUAUAAAAAAUAUUUUCCUUGUGUUGUUUUGUGUAACACAUUCUUAUUGCUGAUAAGUUAUUUACCUUGAACUAUUGCUGCUCUGAUAAUAACUGAUCAAAUAUUUUAAGUUAACAAAAAUUUAAUCUGAUACUUAACAGUGUUUUAAACUAUUUAACAGGCAUUUAUGCUUAAACCAGUCCAACUCACCUUCAUGUUUCUUCUUUUUAUGUAACCUCUAGUAACCUGGAGUAUUAGCAUUGAAUUACAAGAGAGUCCUGGUCAAGACAGCAGUACUAGAAGUCCCACAGUGUAAAACAAACAAGUUGAAAAUACUCACAAUUUUUGCUGAAACUGAUUACAUCAAAGUUUUUAAGCAGCGGUAGAUUCAAUUUAAAAUACAUUACUUUGCCUUUAUAGGUUAAAUAAACUCAAUUUUACUCAUACAUUUGUGCAGGGUUAAGUUAAUGUUUUUGAGUCUAACUAACUACACUGUGGAAACUUUCCUAAACUUAAAAAUGCUGUUUAUACCCAACUCAAAAAAAAAAAUUUAAGUAUUUUUUUAAAGCUACAUCUUUUUUAUCCACUGCAGAGUUUACUUAAUUCCAUCACAUACUUUAUCGUGAAUAUGAAUGUUACUCAAGGUAGGCUAAGGUGACCACAGGGUGGACACUGUACCAGAAAGUUCUUUUGAAUCAUGUUCCAUAUACUAUUCUUUGUUUUGUGUUUGGUCCACACAGACACAUCUUGUCUAGCUGAGUUGGUAACUUCACUCAUGGUGCAAAAGAGUCUAAUGCCCAAAGGCAUUCUGGGAAAACUGCAGAUUAAGACAUUAUUGUCAAAAAUUUGAGUACAGUUACUGAUUAUUUAAGAUUUCAAAAGUGCUCUAUUGACUCUGAAAAAGAGCUGAAAUAGCUGUUUUGAUUUUAAAGCUAACAACUCAUUUUUUAAAAACCUCAACAAUGAAAAAUACAAGCACUAACAGUUUUUUUGGUCAGAAGAGAACAUAAAUGAGAAGUCAGUUCACGUAGACUGGCUUUAUAAAGAUUGAUGAUACAUCUUUUUGUUGUAUAAGGAAGACAAACUUACUUCAUCAUAAGAGACAAUGAUGGAUGUGAAACCCACACCAGAGACAAAUCACAAGGUGGCAUGAUAGGCUGAGUCCAACGAGAUGACGACAUUGCAAGUUAUCCAAAAACUUAUUAAGGUUUUUUCAAGGAGAAAAACACAGUUUGUUUCAGUGGAAGAAACCCUGUGUACAAUAAGUACAGUGUAAACAAAUAAAUAAAUAAAUAGAUUUUUAAAAAGUUAUUUAUUUUAACUUUAAAAAGUAACAGUCAGGCUGCCUUUGAAUUUAUGAUGAUUUUAAAGAACUAUUUAGUUAGAUGACUUUCAGUAUGUUAAUCUAAAUAUAUAUUUCAGUUCAAAUUCAGGUUAAACAUUUUAGUGAUUCUCCUUGGUGUUAUGAAACCUUUUAUUUUCCUUUAAAAUAAUGUAAAGAUUUUUUUGGUUAUCAGUGAAACCAAAGAACUGCAAUAAGGUGUCCUUAUCAUGUGUUCAUAUUUGUUUCUGCUAACCAACACGGCAAUUUUUCAGCAUGAGAGGCUUUAGACCUAAAUUCAUUUUUGACUUUGUAGUUAUUUUUACUGUUGUUUUUUUAAGUUUUAAAGGGUUUACUCCAACACCAUUCAUAAAAACCUUACUCUAACUAACUGUAAUCAGUAUAAAACAGACAAAAUUGAUUUCUGCUGUUAUUUUGAGCUAUUUGCCAUUUUAUUGCUCAUAUUAACCAUAUGCGAUGAAAAAUUACUCUCUUCUCUGUGUUUAAGAUCUUGUUGUUUGACAUUUAUCUGCCAAAAUUAAUGGAGUGUUUUGAUAUUUUUCUAUUGACCACUGUACAUUGUUGUAAAUACACAUUGUUGCAUUUUUAUAUUUAGUAAAAUCAUGGAAGAGCUUUAUGUGUUUUGUGCUCACCAGAUCAAUA